GCAGGAGGGGGGAGGCGGGCAGGCAGAAUCAACUACAUGAAUAAGGACGGAGCCAGAAGCACAGAGGAGACAGAGCACUAUGUGUGCGUGUGCAUGUAUGUAUGUGUGAGAACACUGCGCAUGUGUGAGUGAGCGGACGGCGGAGGAGAAAGAGCAGUAAUGAACGCCAGCUGAGGGAUGACAGCAGGGGAGAGAGAGAGAAGGAGAAGAUAGAGGCUCACCUGAAGACGAGAAGAGGAAGAAGGUAAUAAGAAAGAAAGGAGGACAUAGUAGGGGCACAUAUGACAGAUACAAGAAGCUUGGGUGCCUGCAAUGAAUAGGAUCAAUAAUGUGUGAAUAGAAGCAGACGCACACACGGAUGGAGAAGAGGGACGACAGACGCUCGGCUACGACUCAAAGGGGAAAGACUGGAAGAGCGAAGCGGAACGACGCCAGAUAAGCAGUGAUGCUGCGGUCGAUGAGAGCGGACUGAUGUGUCCACUUUGCAACAGCUUCCUCCAUCUUAACAUCUCCUCCAUGUUGUUGACGUUUCGAGAAUAGAGACGAGCAGGAGAGAGGGCAGAGAGCAUCCUCCUCCACGCCAGCGACAAAGAAGACAAAGCAGCUUGUCAUGAAAUACAGAGAGCUUGACGAGGAAGAAAAAGACCGGAAUAUUACGGCCCCGUGAAGCAGACAGGUAAAUGGACCAGAGGAAUCUGACACACUGAAAGAGGAGACAACACACCACAGAAGCAUUUAUGAAACGGCUCUAGAUAGUUAUGACGACUGUCUGGGAGUUUAAAUAAAAAAGAAGCUCUUCACUCCCGCCGCUGAGGAAUUCGAGGAGCCGUUGCUACAGCUCUCUAGAGCAUUAUAGAACACCUCCCCAAAUAAUCCUCCUCCCUUCUGCUUAUCAAGAAACCAAGGAGAAGGGUCAAACAAGGUCUUCUGACCAAACUGAACCAACGACAGAGAGACAGGCGGAAGGGCAUUCCUUCUAACACAGCCACAGCCAAAAACAGGAAAUUCAAUACUUGUUUGAGUGAGAAAUAGUUUCCUUUUGCAAGUCACAGGAAAAAAUCUUAGGAAAUACUUCUGGACCUUAAUGAACUGCCUGUAAUCAACCAUAACACACUGUGUGAAUUUCAAAAUCCCCAAGCUGUACUGUGUGUGUGUGUUAAUCAUAUUGGUGCAGUGAGUGAAAACAUAUCUUAGUGCUGAAGUAUUUAAAAUUCCUGUGCACUUCCAAGAGCUGGAGGGCACCGACAUAAAUGCUGUUAAACAACAAAAUAAUUGACUGUAUAUAGUCAACCCUGAUCAAGUUCUGUGAACUAGACUGUUAAAUACUAUACAAGUGAAGUUUUUUUUUUUUUUAAAUAUAUAUCUAACAAUUAUAGGUUUGCUGUUACAGACUUUGAGGUAAACAUUGUGUUGGCUGAGCUCUUUCAUUCAUUGAGACUGAGGUUGACAGAAGCAACUACCAGGGGAGACCUUUGAAGGGAACAUGGAGGCAUCCAUCCGUCCCCACGUCCCCUCUAAUGGCUGACUUCAGAGAAGGAGAUACAUUUUCUUCCCCUUGUGCAGAACCAAGCCGGGGCGUCCAGCGCUGAUUAGAGCUACAGCCCGUCUAUCUCAGAACUCCAAAACCGUGCGAAUGUCCUGUCUCAGGCGUCAGCCACUGGCCAUCCCCAUGGACACUGUCAAGAUCAUCCAGUCGGAAAAGUUUCCCAGGGAAUGUCCUGUUCCCGUCACCCAACCUCGCUAUGCGCCAGCUCCACGGGUGGCAUGGGAUGGCGGCGGUGAGGGCGAGAUCAUCGUCAACCAGGCCUGCAGUGACCUGACACUGGACAUAGCACCAUCUCCCAGACCGAUGGUUUCCCCUCCGGCCCCACUGAUGCGCAGGGAACACAGUUUCCUGGCGCAGCGCAAAACCAGUGCCAAUGAAAUCUGCUACCACCAGUUCCACUACAAGAUGGAAGACGUUAUAGUCAACCAGUACGUGCUACGCUCCUCCUCCACCUCUUCCUCCACGUCGUCGUCCUCCUCUUCGGGUCCUGUCAUGCCUUGCGAGCCCCUGGAAUGCCCCACCUGCGGUCACACAUACAACUUCGCCGGGAAGCGUCCGCGGAUUCUCUCCUGCCUGCACUCGGUGUGUGAGGAGUGCCUGCAAAUCCUCUACGAGUCGUGUCCAAAGUACAAGUUCAUCUCCUGCCCCACGUGUCGGCGUGAGACGGUGCUGUUCACUGACUAUGGCCUCGCUGCUCUGGCCAUCAACACCAGCAUUCUGAGCCGCUUGCCCUCAGACCCCAACGGGCCCGUGCAGUGGGGCGGGGACGCUGACCGCAGCUGCUACCAGACUGUGCGUCAGUACUGCCAGUCAGCCUGCACCUGCCAGAUCGCCAACCCGUUGUCGUCCUGUGGUAUCAUGUAGACAAGAGGGAGGAGGUGAGGACACCGCAGAUAAGACUUAACGCUGCUCCCCACCAACACCACUCUUCUCAUCUAUAAGCUAAACCCUCUCUGCCAAGCCCCCUCUCUCACAUGUACAGCAAAUAAAUCCCCUCAUAGAUGUUAUCUCUCUAUAUUUAAUAGCACAGGUGGAUACUGUGUGGGACCUAUGGAUGCUGGUGGUCCAGUAUGAAGUAAAUAAAUGUAUUUUAUGUAUGGACUGGAAAACUAUUCACCAUCUCUCGUUUGGUUGGAUGUGUUUGUCAUGACAUCUCUUUACAUGGGAAUGCCAGGGGAGGUAUGUCCCCCAACCUAGGAGAAUAAAGAUUAAAUAAAUCAAACAA